UGUCACGUGCUAAACUGUCCGGCCGCAGUAGACAGAACAGCAAUGGAGGUUAGACCGAGCAGAGGCAGGGGAGGCAGCUGGAAGAGAGGAGGCCGGGGCGGACACGACGGUGACAGUUCGGGCGGUGAGCACCGGGGCAGAGGCCGAGGAGGCCACCACCGUGGCCGGGGCAAAAGAGACCACUACCGCGGUCGUGGACGCGGGGAAGGCGCCCAUGCAGCGUUCCAUUACCGGGAUCAAGAUGGAGGUGACGACAACGUUGAGGAGGAUGACGACAACAGGCAGGAGGUUUUCUCCAGGAGGAAACUGGGGUCAAACUGGGAUCGUUACGAGGAGUCGGAGAGAAAGCAGCCCGAUGACGACACGCCCACUCAGAGAGGAGCAGAUUUCCACGUCCUGCUGGAGUCGGCAGGGGAUUCCUUCACUCAAUUCCGUUUUUUGGAAGAAAAAGACUGGGAGAUGGACUCAUUUGCGGCCGGUCAGAUGUCCGCGGUGUUCGUGGAUCUCCCGGCUCUCGCCCAGACGCUUCAGCAGGUUCCUCUCCAUCAGAGACUCCACCUGGAGGCCGAGCUGGUUCAGGUGUUCACUCCGGUCGAGCUGCCCACCAUGAAACCGGCAACUAAACAGGAAACGCCCAAAAUGUCCACAUUCACUCCUGCGUCCGCAACUUUUCAAGGUCUCGACCCCAAACAGAAGGUUCCCGCGUCUACGAGCCCAGUCGACGACGACGAAGAGCUGGACCAGCUGCUCAGUUUACAAAAACCAGUGCUGGACGUUUCCGGAGACCAGACAGACGUUGUGACAGAGGAGGAGAGUGCAGGUCCGGAGAAAGCGUGUGCGGAAAUGAAAGAGGUGAUAGAAGACAAGAUGGAGGAGGUGGAAGACGAAGUUGUCACACCUCCAGAGUCGGCCUCCGUCAAGCAGGAAAUGACAGAGGAAGACCUGGAGGACUGGCUCGACAGCAUGAUCUCCUGACCGCCAACGCGUCCAGGAAACUGGAGUCCAACCCUCUCUGCUCCCUUGAAAAAAAAUAACUACUACCAGACGAAGCAGAGAGACAGUUUAUUUUAUUUUUCAUGCCUAGUUUCCGGAUCUGAAUGAGACAUUGUGAGUUUGAAGGUGCAGGGACGGGGCAGAACGUCUCGGAACGCCCCAUGAGAACGUGUCACCGCGAUCCCUCUGCACUUCAGGCUCCGGAGACGAACAAAGAAUUUUCUGUUCCCUGUGAGAUCUGGAAAGCUACACACCGCAGGGAGCGUCGCCAUCAUCAUCAUCGUCGUCAUCAUCGCCAAGGGGGAUCCCCGCUGCCGAAAGGGACGGGCGCGGACGGCGGAGCAGGUCACGGACAACACGCUUUGGUUUAUUGCGUCAACUCGUUUUAUUCAUUUCCUCCCCCUCAUUAAAAGAAAUGCAGUUUUAACCAAAGCUACUACAUACAUACAAAUGGCCGUACAAUAGCAGUUAAACCAUCUUGUCGCCAAUAAAUCCCUGAACAAGG